CCAAAUUACAUGUUCUUGGGGGAACAUGAUGGAUUGGAGCUAUAACGGCGAGGACAAUUAUUAGAGCAAAAAAUAGUGGAUAAACAACAGGGGGAAAACAAAUUAAAAAAUGAAGUGAGAAAAAUGGUGAUGGGUCAUGUUUCGGAACCAAAUGUGUUGGUGGUGUACAUGUUGGUGUCGACUGAGGCAGAGAAAAACUGGUCAUCAUUCCUUUGUAGCAAAAAUCGGAAGAAGCUCCGUGUUAUGUCGGCUCAAAACACAUCCAGUAUUGAGUAUCCUUCCACUCAUUCAAAGCUAAGCCUGUGGCCCGGGAUUUGAACCUGGGUUGACAGCAGCCCCUCAAAAAAAUAGCCCCACAACAGCAGCAAUAAUAGAUUCUACUUUUACGCAUGGGAAAAUAACAGCGGGGAUUCUCCUUUCUGGUGUAAGUAAUCUGCAGGGAGACUGCGUGCAGGAACCGAGGAGCUUGUUUAGGCUUGUGGGUGUCUGAGGGGUAAGCGCAUAUGCGCGGUUUUUGUACGAGAAAGUUGUGAGUCGUGCGUUUUGGAUCUCCUAAGAUGAAGGCGCCUUCUUCCAAUGGCCUUGUCUCUCAUUCUACAGAUGGAGAAAGGAGGAGCAUUAAUUCGGAGCUUUGGCAUGCCUGUGCUGGGCCUCUUGUUUCAUUGCCACCAGUCGGUAGCCCUGUGGUUUAUUUUCCACAGGGCCACAGUGAACAGGUUGCAGCAUCGAUGGCAAAGGAAUCUGAUGGACAUAUUCCAAACUACCCUAAUCUUCCCUCCAAGUUGAUUUGUCAGCUUCACAAUGUUACAUUGCAUGCGGAUGUUGAGACUGAUGAAGUAUAUGCACAAAUGACUCUCCAACCUGUGAAUACGUAUGAUAAGGAUGCUCUCCUGGCAUCUGACCUUGGCCUGAAACAAAGUAAACAGCCAACGGAGUUCUUUUGCAAGACUCUGACUGCAAGUGAUACAAGCACCCAUGGUGGCUUCUCUGUGCCUCGCCGAGCUGCAGAGAAAAUUUUUCCUCCUCUGGAGUAUAGUAUGCAACCCCCAGCACAAGAACUUGUGGCAAGAGAUUUACAUGACCAUCCAUGGACAUUCAGACAUAUCUAUCGUGGUCAACCAAAGAGACAUCUUCUAACAACAGGUUGGAGUGUAUUUGUAAGUGCAAAGAGGCUUUUUGCUGGUGAUUCAGUUCUUUUCAUAAGGGAUGAGAAAUCACAAUUGCUUCUGGGCAUAAGGCGUGCAAAUAGGCAACAAGCAGCUAUAGCAUCCUCUGUCCUAUCAAGUGACAGUAUGCAUAUUGGAGUCCUGGCUGCAGCAGCUCAUGCUGCUUCAAACCACAGCCCAUUUACAGUUUUCUACAAUCCCAGGGCAAGCCCUUCGGAAUUUGUCAUUCCACUCGCCAAGUACAACAAAGCAAUCUAUGGUACACAAGUUUCACUUGGCAUGCGGUUCAGAAUGAUGUUUGAAACUGAGGAAUCUAGUGUCCGCAGGUAUAUGGGUACCAUUACAGGCAUUGGUGACCUUGAUCCUGUUAGAUGGUCAAAUUCACAGUGGAGAAACAUCCAGGUCGGAUGGGAUGAAUCAAGUGCUGGUGAAAAGCAGAAUAGAGUUUCUAUCUGGGAGAUUGAGCCUGUGGCAACUCCAUUUUUCAUCUGCCCUCCACCUUUUUUCAGGCCUAAACGCCCUCGCCAGCCAGGGAUGCUUGGUGAUGAAUCAGAAAUAGAGAAUGCAAUCAAGAGAACCUUACCUUGGUUUGGAGACGACAUUGGCAUCAGCAAUUCCCAGAAUGCUACAAUGACUGGUGUUGGUUUGCUCCAAUGGAUGAAUAUGCAACAAAGACCUGAUAUAAUUAACCCAUCUGUCCAAUCAGACUACUAUCGUCCUAUGACUGGUCCUACAUUUCAGAAACUUGGGAGUAAUGAGAUACCUAAACCUUUGAGUUUACCACAGCAGUCAUUACAAUCACAUCAAUUACAAUUCAAUAUUCCAGAGGCUCAACAAUCAGCACAAGAUCAAUUGCAUCAAUCACAGAUUGGGUGGUCACAUCAGCAACAUCAUAUUACUACUCAGCAACACCACCAACAAAAUCCUCAUACUCAGCAGCAGUUGCCGUCUCAACAGUUGGAUCAGCAGCAUCGUCAUAGACAGCAGCAAAUGCCUGCACAACAGGUGGAGCAACACCAAGUGCUGAUGCAGAAGGUGAACCAGCAACAUCAAUCCCUGCAACAGCUACAGCUACAGCCUGCACAACAAUUGGAGCAACGGCUACAGCAGUUUCAGUCGCAGCCGCAGUCACAGCUACAGCCACAGCCACAGUCACAGCUACAGCCACAGUCACAGCCACAGCCAACACAGCAGCAACAUCAAAGGCCACAGCAGCAACAGCAGCAACAGCCAUCUCAGCAGUUGCACCAGCCGCAAGUUCACCAGAUUCAACAGCAGAUGCAGCAACAGCAAGUUCAGCAACUGCAACAUCAGCAAGUUCAGCAAUUGCAACAACAGCCACAGCGUGUCCAGCAGCAGCAGCAACAACAGGUGCCGCAGCAGCAGCCAACUCAGUCUUCUCAACAGUUUCACCUGCAGCAGACACAGCUUUCUUCUCCUGUUCUGCAGCAUGUGAACAAUCCAUUUCCACAACCUAUAUCUUCCCAGCAGCAGCAGCAACAUCUCAAUCAAUCAAUCCAGUUACCUGAAAUACGAGGUCAGUUGUUACAGUUAGCUACCAGUCGCUGCCAAGCACCAGUAAACAUGCCGCAGGCCACAAAAGCUCAUUCGGGGUUUACUGAAACAGAUGCCCCAUCUUGUUCAACAUCAACUUCUGCAAAUAGCUACCCACUGCAGAUUGUCUUUGCCAGGGCAAAGCAAUCUACAAGUUUACCUGAGGAAAAGACUCCUUGUGCAAACUUAUUGAGGCCCAGUACAGGUGGUCCACAGUCUACAAUGCCUACUUCUAACCUUGUUGGAGAAUCCCAGGUUACGUCAUGGUUCUCUUCAGUUAAAGAAUCAAAUCAGGCUGCAUUCCAAAGUUAUCUGAAUGCUCAGUUGGGUCAAAUUGAAACAUCAUCCUCUUCUGCAGUUUCAUUUCCUCUAGCACAGGCUGAUGCAUCUCUUCCACAAAGUUUAUCAUCUCUACCUCUCCCGUCAUCUCCUUUUUUUUUCCGAGAUGCUUCUCACAACAGUGAUAUUCAGACCGAUCCUCAAAGAACAAUGGCUCCUACAUUUGAUACAGGCAAGGAUAUUCAACCACAACUUUCUGCAGCAAUAAGUUCUCAAUCAUUUGGUGUCCCAGAUCUUCCUUUUGACUCGGGUGUUACAAGUGAUAUGGGAAUCAGUGAUAGUGGCAUCUUGCAGAGAGGGUCAUGGCAGCAAACACCUGCACCUGUGCGAACCUAUACUAAGGUUUACAAGCUCGGUUCUGUUGGAAGGUCUAUAGAUGUUACACGCUGUAAGAAUUAUGAUGAGCUUCGGCACGAGCUUGCUUGUAUGUUUAAGCUUGUUGGUCAGCUUGAAGAUCCUCAUUCAGGUUGGCAACUUGUGUUUGUUGACAAUGAAAACGAUGUACUUCUUGUUGGAGAUGAUCCAUGGGAGGAAUUUGUGAGUUGUGUCCGAAGUAUCAAGAUACUAUCACCAAAGGAAGUCUUGCAAAUGAGUCAGGAAGGUAUGGAGAUACUAAACACUUUACCACUGCAGCAACAAGCUUGUAGCAGUUCUGAUGGUGGCAUAAUGUGGAGGGAUCAUUGUGAUCAGAACUCCACCAAUCCAUCAAUAGGAUCAUUGGAGCAUUAAUGCCCAGAUGACGUUUUGCCCUCACCAAUCAUGGGACAACACAAGUUGUUUUUCUCGUAAAAUAAAUGAGAUUCUAUGUUGCACGAAAACAGUAUCUAGAGUUACAAGCCUGUGCAGCAUAUCUGUAGAUGGCUCUACUUGGGUGGAACUCAUUUCUUGAAAUUUUGGGUAAUAGCUGGUACUGUGUUUAUGGGUUGCUCAUUGGCUAGCACUAAUUCAAUGUUAUGCCAGCCUUUUAAAGUAGCUGGCAGGGCGAGAGCUUUACAGAUUGUCCAGGCUGUAUUGUAACAGAAACAUUGAUGUUUAUUGUACUUUUCUUUUAAGGAGACAGAUAUGUGCAAUUACAGUUGGGAAAAGUUCGAUAGCAACUCUGCUAGAGAAUCAGAUGACAUUGCUUCUGGCUACAUCACUGCCAUACAGUUCUUUUCUGCAAUGUAAUUGAAGUUGUUACAGAAUCUCCAUGUGAAAAUUGCACCAGUGGAAUGACUCGGGGAAAUUUGAGUUAGAAGCAUCUCCAGGAAGAAUGAUCACAAUGAUCUUUUGAAAUUUUGUUUAUGAAUGUGCAUUACAACCUAGUAAAGGUGAUGAAGAUGCAAAUCAAGACCUGGUACCGAUGGUAGAGCUUUUUGGUGCAAUUCCAAUGAAAUAUGUACCAUAUGUUCAUGUACAUACAUCUCUGUAGGAUGAAGGUAUCUUGUCUCAGUUGACAAUUUGCCAUUCAAAUUGCAAAUCAUUUGAGUGUUUUACUUUUUUCUUUUAUAAAUUUUUGGGAGUCUGCUCAGUGAAUUUUGACUCCAUUCGAAAUCUUUUCUAGAGUCUACCCCCUAUCUUUUUUUUUAACUUGGAUUUCAAAUGGAGUUAAAAUAGUCUCCGAAUGAAUACAUAUAAACCAGAAACAUCACUUGUACCAACUAGGAUUUUGGAUAUGUACAAAUAUUGGCACGGAUGUAAAAUCGAGAACUGCUUCGAUCAACUUCCCUUAAAUGAAAUUCUAGUGUACGAUGAUUUUUCUUUACAA